CCCCAGAGGGGGCGGCACCGAGCUCCGCCCACCGCCCAACACCCGGAGCCACGUCUGAAUGAGACUCAUUGUGAGCGGAGAGGAGAGCGCCGUUGGCAGCCAUGAUCCGGUUCCGAUUUAACGGCUCAUUGGCUACUGGACUCUUAUUGCUUCAGACAGUUUUCCUUCUCGUCUUGUACUCCAGACAAAAUAUAUCUCUACAGAGAACGGAGCCCAGUGAGAAGGUCCAUCUGCUCAUCCUCUCCUCUUGGAGGUCGGGGUCUUCCUUUGUUGGCCAGAUCUUCAGCCAACACCCAGAUGUCUUCUACUUGAUGGAACCUGCGUGGCACGUGUGGGUGUCCAUGUUCCAGAACAGUGCCAAGGUUCUCCACAUGGCGGUACGAGACUUGGUGCGGUCUGUCUUCCUGUGCGACAUGUCCGUGUUUGACGCCUAUAUGCCAAAGGUGCGCAACGUAUCCAACCUGUUCCAGUGGGCCACCAGCAGGGCGUUGUGCACAGAACCAGCAUGCAAGUUCUUUUCACGCGACCAGAUCACGAACGAGUCGGCUUGUAAGACGCUAUGUGGCAAAUACCCAUUUGACAAUAUCAAACAAGUAUGUGGCAUGUACAGCCACAUCGUUAUAAAGGAGGUCCGCUUCUUCGACUUGAAGGUUCUCUAUCCUCUUCUCACCGAUCCUUCAUUGAACCUAAAAAUAAUCCACUUGGUCCGGGAUCCAAGGGCUGUGGCCAAAUCCAGGGAACAGGCCAAGAAGGCUUUAAUCAGAGACAACGGGAUCGUGCUAAACACUAACGGGUCCAAAAUAGACGACACCAAGUAUGAGGUCAUCCAGGAGAUCUGCCGAAGUCACGUGCAGAUAUAUGAAACCGCCACCUAUAAGGCUCCCAGCUUCCUUAAAGAUCGAUACAUGCUGGUCCGGUACGAAGACGUGGUUCGGGAGCCCCUGAGGGAAAUCAAGCAGAUGUACGAAUUUGCUCAUUUGAGGCUGACCAACAAGCUCGAGAAAUGGAUCCACAACAUCACGCAUGGGCAAAGCCCCUCGAACAAAAAGGAAGCCUUCGUGAUAACAUCGCGCAACGCCGCCAACGUGUCUCAAGCCUGGAGGAACAUUCUAUCCUUCGAAAAAGUCAAGAAGAUCCAAAACGUAUGCAAAGGGGCCAUGAAUAAGCUUGGCUAUCUCACCGUAGACUCAAUGGCGGAGCUGGAAGACUUGUCCAUCGACGUUGUGUUGCCUAGGAAGAUGAGCCAGUUCAGUUGGCUUUGACUUAAACAUAACUAGAGACCUUUGCACUUUGGAAGGCUCGUCGCACAACGCCGCCAACGUGUCUCAAGCCUGGAGGAGCAUUCUAUCUUUUGAAGAAAG